CAUUUUGUGCAACAAACGUGGCAGACGGCGUUGUUAUGUGUUUCUAGAGCGGUGCGGCGUUGAAAAACUGUGAUCCUAACUUUUCAAGUUUCAGGCGCGCUUCAAGAACAAAAAAAUGCAUCCAGUGUACAUAGCGCUAAGGACGGCCGUCUUGGUGUUGUGCAUCGCCUACACCCGUGCCCUGUUCAUCACUGUAGACGCUCACGCCGAAGAGUGCUUCCACGAUGAGGCGAAAUCCGGCACCAAGAUGGGUCUCACGUUCGAAGUAGCCGAAGGCGGAUUCUUAGACAUCGACGUGAAGAUCACCGGGCCCGAUGGUAAAGUGGUUUACUCCGGAGAGCGCGAGUCUAGUGGAAAAUACACGUUUGCGGCCUACGCCGACGGAGUCUACCGCUACUGCUUCAGCAACGCCAUGUCCACGAUGACUCCAAAGAUCGUCAUGUUCUCCAUGGACAUUGGUGACGCCCCGACCAAAACGCAAGAAGGAGAGGAAGUGCAUGAAAACAAGCUGGAAGACAUGAUCAAGGAGCUGUCUACAUCUAUGACUGCCGUGAAGCACGAGCAGGAGUACAUGAUGGUCAGGGACCGCAUCCACAGAUCCAUCAACGACAGCACCAACUCGAGGGUUGUGAUGUGGGCCUUCUUUGAAGCCAUCGUGCUCAUUGCCAUGACAUUGGGCCAGGUCUACUACCUGAAGAGGUUCUUUGAAGUUCGAAGAGUUGUGUGAUUGGAAUCGACAAAAGGGUGGCAUGCGUGGUGUUCGCUCGCAGGAGUUGGGGAAGGGGAGUGCAAGACUUAAUCACGUGACUUCUGCAUUGCCUGUGAAAUUGAGUUCAGUGUGAUCUUUUCGUUUUUCUUUCCCCAUUAUAGUGCCUCUUUUCUUUCUCUUAAAUUCUUGCGACUUUAGUUUCUGCCACAUAUUUUACUUUACUUCUGGUUCCUGUUUAGAAUGAAGCCAGGUUUUUUUCUUCAGCACAUAAGUCGUACACUGAUCUGGACACUCAGUGGUUUGAUUAAAACCAAUUGUUUCUUUUUGGAAAUCUGUGCACUUCUUUGAAGCAUGGUUGGAGCACUGUGCUUUAUUUUUCGUGAUGCAUCCUAGCCUUAUAUUUUCAAUCUUUCAUAUGCAUAAUGUAAAGCCAUAACCUUCAUAGACUGUAAAGGUGAUAACAGCUCAUUAAACCUAAAAUAACACUGAGGAAAGCUUACUCGAUUAAGGAUCAACAGUCUUUCACCGCUUCAUAGCAUUGUUGUAGUAUUCUGUACUGCUGCUUCGGUAAAAAAUUCAACUUUGUGACGCCUACCCGAUCUUUGCUUGAAGCAAUGGCGCUGCUAAACUUGAAAACUGACACCACUCGGUCGUGGAAUGCCUUCUAUAUUCAUUCAGCUGGAGAAGAAGGGGAAAGUUUUGUUUUAGCAGCAAUAAUAUGUGUCUGUAACAUUUCUUCCUUCGCUAUGAGCACUUACACUUGCACUUCCAGUGUCAAGUGCUCUUACCUCUGUUUGUGGCAUGAUACAUACAUCGUCAUAUUAGUGUGAACAGAUUAAUGCGUUUCAAGAUUUCCCAACUUCUACAGAUGAGGUUCGUAACUUACGUUAAACCCAGAUUCAUUUGUGUCGAAUGUAAUGAUGCUACGGUAAUUGAGGUUCUCAUAUUUCUGCAUGAAGAUGAUUCGAGUGUUUUCAAAUUCUCAUUAUUAAAAUUUUAAAAAUAGUUCCAUGGGAUUUAUGUUUAAUAUGUACAGCUUGUGUGCACCUAGAGCUCAAUGGCAGUGGUAUGGAUGUUGCAUACAUAACAUAAAGCUACCCGCAGCACACUCAAGCAGGCAAGAACACGCAGUAUAAAGCCAUUGUGCCGUCCACAACACUUGUAGUUUGUGGCUGUCCAGAAGGUGCCCAUUUCUUCUUGUUGAACAGUAUACCAAACAGCAGUAAGUUCAUAUGUCGACCAACCAGUGCGGUUGUAUGGUUUAGUGAGUUAACUGCAUUUGUGAAUAGUCAGCACCAUGAGUCACGGGCCACAUGUCAUAUGCAGCAACUGUAGAAACUUGAAAAAUCAUACCCAUCAUUGCCAAGAUAUGCCUCUCCAACGUGCUGCACUUGGUUCCAGUUUCUGCAGUAUGCUUUAGUGUGUUGUGCGAGCAGCAAGCUAGGCAAGGCUUGCAUCUGUGAUGUUCAGUCUCAUUGAGCAAGUGCAUGCAGCAAACAUCGGCACCAUUGUGCAGCUUUGCUGUAUGCCGGACUGAGUGGAAGCUACUGCGAUGUCAGUGAAGGGGCUUACCGAGCCUUUUGUGUUGCACUGCUGCUACUUUCUGGAUGCUACUGUAUGCUCAAGAAUAACAUUCAGCGCUCUUGGCUGGCUUUGUUACUUGCUGUUUUGUGUACUGCUAAUAGAAAACUGAAGUUGUCCAACUUGGGUGAUGUGGUUUACAGGGAUUGAAACAGAUCUCUAUGGUAGAAACUAUUGCAAACAUAUGAGAGCAGUCAUUGUUGUUGAGUUUUUAGCUUUACUGCGUGCAAUUCAUGGCCCUUUAGUUACACCAGGAGGCAUUGUUAAAAAAAUUAGUAGCCACGUUGUAGUGGCGAGUCGAGCUGUUUUCCUCCUGUGAAACACAUUGGUCUGUGCAACACUUUUUUUACAUUGCUGUUGGAUCUCUCACAAAUUUAAGGCUUAAACUUUUGCUUGAAAACUUCUCAUCAUGAACAUUCAUGCAUAUGGGUGUAAUAAAGCUGCGUGCCUUCAAGACUGAA